CGCCCGUCCCACCUGGUCCCACUCCCACCCACAAAAAGCCGGCGUGGCCGCUCUCACGUUUCUCUCUGACCACGUGAGGUUAGCUAUGAAAGACUUUUAUAAUAAAUUGUGUGUAUUAUUAUUAGAAGAAUUUCUCGGCCCAAUCAUACGGCGCAUCGGUAAUUCUUUAUUGUAUGGAACGAAAACAAUACCUGCAAUAUGUUAUGGAACACGUUUACCCAAAAGAAAGAUAAAAGAAGGAUUAAGUGUCCUCAUAAAGUAUGGGUUUGUUACUUACCACAAAAAGGAGAAUACUGAGGAGAACACUGAGUAUACUUUACAUCAAAGCAAAAUUAUUAUGAUCUUUCGCUAUCCAAGAUACAUGCUUUUUGCAAAAACUUACUGUGGAGAUGAGGGUGAAAUCAUGUUGGAAGAGGUGUUAAAACAGGGAUUCAUCACUGCAUCUGAAGUAAUAAUGAAAACGUACAAACGAAUUGAAUAUGCCCCAUCUAAAUCUACUCAACCGCCUUCAAUCCCAAAUUUAAAAGAUGUGUUUGAGUUAUUGGUGAAAAAUCAAUUUUUAAUGCGAAAUACAUCUUUUGAGACGAUGGCAGAAGAUAGUAAAAAACCGAAUUAUAACUUACCGAAUCUUGAUUUGCCGGCCAUUUCCAACGCGUUGCAAGGAAAAAAUGCUGAACUUACCGAUAGUAAAAUAUAUUGGAAAGUCAAUUUUGAUCGACUCACUCAAGAUCUUAGGGAUCAAAUCGUUAUAUCAGCCGUGACGCAAAAAUUUGACAAAAAUGCUGGAGAAUUAAUGAGACAGUUGAUCAAUUUGAUGUACUUGCGAACUGCAUCUUGGGCAGAUACGUCAAAUCCGAUUCCAUAUACCGAAAUAAAAGAGGAAGUGAAGAAGUUGAAUUACGAAGAGCUCGAGCAUUAUCUCGAUCAGUACUUGCGGCUUUUAGAAGAAGACAGUACGCAAUUCAUCAAACGAGUUGGCGAUUCAGGUGGAGGGCAGUAUAGUGUUAACAUGAAGAAUGCAUUCAAACAGUUAACAUGGGCAACUCUGGAGCAUAUCGUAACAGAGAGGUUUGGUUCCAAAGCUGCGAGAAUUUUUAGACUACUUCGCUAUGAACUCGAUGUUAAUCUGGAACAAAUCCAGAAUUUAGCGAUGAUUCCAGCAAAAGAAGCUAAAUUCUUAACAUAUGUCCUGUCGCAGGAGAAUUACAUACAGACUCACGAGAUGAAGAAGAGCGCGUAUUCGUUAUUACCGCCAAAGUCAAUACCUUAUCGCUUUUGCAUCGAUUUGACCAAAAUUGUUGAAAUGGAAAUCGAACAUUGUUAUCAAGCAUUGUAUAACAUUAUGACAAGACGAGAGCAUGAAUCGGCUAGUAACAAACGCAUGAUAGAGAAGCAAUUGAGAGUGCAGAUACUCUCUGCCAAUUUGAAGGAACACGGCGCGACGGAACAGCAAUUAGCUGAUAUUGCAGAAAUGAUGACGCCAUCUGAGACCGAGCAGCUUGAAAAAGCGCAAAAUACAAUCAAGAAACUGUCGGCCACGGAGUCACAAAUAGAUGAAACCUUAUUUUUAUUAACCAUGUACUUCCGCUAUCAUUAGUUUGCAUUCGCAUUGGUUGCAUGUAAAGGCCAGUAAAUAUAAUAAUUGUGUGUGCUGAUAUAUUUAUCGCGUAACAUUCGUGAUAUCUGAAAGUAAGGAGAUCGCCACGGACUAAUAUCGUUGCUAAUUUCAACGAUCAUCGUGUGGGUAGAAAUCGCAAUCGAUGGAAUGCAGAACCGAUUUUCAUCAAAGCAAACACUGCCGGGACAACAAUAAGAAUCGGUGAGACUUUAAAAAAAAAAGAGAGAAACGCGGACCCGAAUUCUAUUGCAACGAACUCUAUGCACGCGCGAGUUACAAUAUCUCGUCAGGUGGUUUGAUUUUAAAAUUUUACAAACGUGAAAACAACUUUUUUCAAUAUUCAUAAGGUAUGGCACAAUCAAAAAGAAAAUGCAAGAUAGGCAGAUCAUUCACCUGAAAUAUGUCAUCUUUCUGCUAAAUAAAAAAUUGCCAUUGUCUAACAAUAAAAUGAUCAAAAGAAAAUUGCAAAUUCUUUCAAAUAUUACCUUUGAAAAUUGGGACGACGAAAGACUGAUCUAGAAAGAGAAACACAUUUUUAAUAGUUAAAAAUUUUGAAGUGA